GCGCAGGCGCAGUGGCCUUGGCAUCCGGUAGGUCAGCUGGGUGGCACCCACCAGCAGCCACCCCGAGGUCCCAGGAGGGCGAUGCUUGAGGACCCAGACAGGUGAAUCCCAGAGCCCACCUCAGGGAGGUCCUGGCUUCAAUGUCAAGAAAACCAUGAUACAACGCAACUGGAGAUAAGAGGAAACUGGAGUCCACCUUAGGUCCUUCCGCACAGGAAUUUGUACAACCACAGGGAAAGCAAAUCAGGCCAGCUUGCAGCUAUCACGAAGGGAUCCCAUAUCCAGCCCGGGAUGAUAUUGUCCCUUGCCUCUCAAGGAGCAUGUCAUCUCUGUUCUUGAGGAGCACCAAAAGCCUGGUGAGAGAGCUGGGCAGGAAGGGUGAGCUGGUGCCGGUAGACAGCCUGAACAGUUCACAGCGCCUGCGCCCCUUCUGCCUGGUGAGGAAGAAGCACAAGCAUUCCCUCUGGCCUUGGGACACACCCCUCAUCCCCACAGACUUCUCCCUGCUGGAUGUGCUGGAGCCUGGCUGCCCUGACCCAGAGGUGAACCACAGCAAGCCCAUCUAUUCCUGGGAGAAGGAGGCAGAGGGAUUGACAGGAGCUGUGAGCGUGAGUGCUGGGCUGCAGAGCCAGGUGACUGGAAGCGGCACGACCACCUGCCUCUCUGCCUUGGCGGUGCAGACACUCUGGGUCUCCCCGUUUACCUGGGAGAUGCUUCUUGAGAAAAGGAAACUGAGGUCGCCUAGGCCCUCGUUCCUCCAGGAACUACAGAGCCGGAAGGAGAGGGAGAGCCUAUAUGUGGUGACCGAGGCUGUGGAGACCCUGCAAGAUACCAUACUUCAGAGCCACGACCAAAUGCGAGGAGCCGGACAGCUGUCCCUCCUACAGCUGGGCCAUGUUCAGGUCCAGGGACAGAGCCAUGUGGACACAGAGAAGAUGGUGAGCAUCCCACAGGGCAGUGUUCUGGCCUACAGGGUUCUGCAGCUAGUGGUGGAAGAAGAUGGCUGGGCUGUCCUUUACUUCCCUGAAAGAAAGCUCUGCAGGAAUGCCAGAGUAGCUAUAGCCUUCAGCCAGGAAUCAGGAGAAGAGUCUAACUUCUACAGCUUGCGGGACCAAGCAGAUAGCCAGUUGCAGGACCUGGUCACAUUAUCCUCAGAGCGACGGGCCACAUUGCUUGGUGCCCUCCAGGAGCUACUACGGGAUCAGCAGGCACUCCAGGAGCUAGAGGAUACGCUGGAACAGGCUCUGGACACAGGGCUGCUGGCACAGCUGGAGGGCCCUGGAGGCUGUGUCUUAUGCAUCCUCCAAGACUCUACAAGCAACUUGUCAUGCUCGAAAGGCAGGGCUAUCCUCUAUAUUCUUGGAGCCUUAGCAGCACUGAGUGAACCCCAGCAUUGCCUGCUGGCCCAGUCCAUAGAGAGACAAAUCCUAUCUGAGGAACUGGAGCUGGUGGCAAGCAUCUUGGAGCACAACUGUAAUCAGACGGAGGAAACAACCUCUCCCCUCCCAACAGGAGUACUCUGUGCCCUGAAGAGUGAGGAUGAGGUCCUCAUCCUAAACCUGGUGCAGGGCUGUGGGCUAGAGCUAGAGAAGUCUGGCUGCCAGCUCCCCUGGGACCCUACAGUGGUACCUCAGCUUUCUGCACUCUAUGCAUGCCUCACAGGGCUGCAGCUACUGACUGACCCAAGCCCUGGGCUUUCUAGGACAGUGCCUGAAGAGGAAACACUUAUCUGUCCCUAAGGUCUCAUCCAACCUGACUCCUGGCAGCCUGGGAUGUCACUAACCCUCUCUAGUGGUCACAGCUGAUGACAGGGUUUCACCAGGAAAGGCCCCACACUACACUUAAGACUGGUUCCAGACAUCGGAAACACCUAUUCAGAACAAGUAUCCUGAAUCAGGAUUCUGUCUGAGCAGUGCAGGCUGGCUGCAGAACAGUUUGGCUGUGUAUCUUAGGUAGCAUAGUCCCCUCUGUACUCAGGUAAAAUCAGCCAUUGUAAAAUGAGAUUUGUGGUCAUUCCCCAGGCACAAGAACUUUGUAAAAGUAUAUGUGACAUGCUUACAAGAGUGCUGUUAUUGUAUGGUGGCAAGGUGAGACCACAGGGAGAAGUAGCUCUUCAGGGUAACACAGGACAAGCUGUCCUGCCUUGCGUUUCCUGCAUUGGCCUCCUUCGUUCCAUCUGUCACAUGACAAAACAGAACAAGCUGCUCAGGUUCCAGCCCAUUGUACCAAUGACUAUACAAUGUCAGAGCAUGGGAUCGAGUCAGUUGAAUAAAUAAGACCAGGCUCUUCCCAGUCUUCCUUGUUAA